CAUCGGUCGAAAAUCUCCAGGAAUCACCAUUCACGCAUCUAUAAAUUAGUAGGUCUCUCCAUUCACUUGGGGUGAUCGAGUAUCCUAGAAUGGAGGUAGAGAGGGUGCAAACAUUGGCCUUUCAAGGUCUGAAGGAACUGCCGCCACAGUUCGUCCGGCCGGCCGACGAGAGGCCGGAAAACAGCAAGGCCACCGAGGGAAUACCGGUACCGGUGGUCUCCCUCUCUCAACCAAUGGACGCCCUGGUGAAUGACAUAUCGAAGGCGUGCAGCGAGUGGGGGUUCUUUCUUGUCACCGACCAUGGCAUUUCGCCUUCGCUGAUCCGUCAGCUGCAGGAGGUGGGGGAGCAAUUCUUUCAGCUCCCACAGGAAGAGAAGGAGAGAUACGCAAACGAUGCUUCUUCAGGCAAGUUUGAGGGCUACGGCACGAAGAUGACUCGCAACCAUGAGCAGAAGGUGGAGUGGUUAGACUAUUUCUUCCAUGUCGUUUGGCCUCCUUCCAAGCAAAACCCUGCAACAUGGCCCCAAAACCCUCCUUCUUACAGGGAGGUAACAGAGGAGUAUACAAAAGAAGUGUUGAAACUAACAGAUAAGCUUCUAGAGUUGCUUUCACGGGGACUUGGUUUAGAAGAGAAGACACUGAGGUCUAGUUUGGGUGGUGAAGAGAUGGAAAUUGAAAUGAAGAUAAACUUAUAUCCACCAUGCCCACAGCCUGAAUUGGCGUUAGGGGUGGAACCCCACACAGACAUGUCUGCUCUCACCAUACUCUUCUCUAACAAUGUCCCUGGCCUUCAAGUGUGGAAAGAUGGGAAUUGGGUUGCAGUUGGUCAUAUACCAAAUGCUGUCUUCAUUCAUGUUGGUGAUCAGAUUGAGGUAUUGAGCAAUAGGAAAUACAAAAGCGUUCUCCAUAGGAGCGUGGUGAACAAGGACCAAGUUCGCAUGUCAUGGGCUGUGUUUUGUGUGCCACCAUUGGAUGCUGUAAUUGGGCCUCUUCCUACUCUAGUGGAUGAUCUGAACCCUCCAAAUUAUUCAACCAAAACCUAUCAAGRGUACAGAUACCGCAAAUUCAAUAAACUACCACAGUAAGGGAGACCCUUUAGGGGCUGUUUGCCAAUACGCAUGAUUUGGUUUUCAAAACAAAAAGUGAAGAAUCCAUUAGAUCAUUAGUCUUAGAUCAGGUUCUUUAUAUUAAUUGUUUUUGUAUGUUUAUUUUGAUAUAUCAUUGCCUUAUAAUAAACUUGUGGUUUCUCAAAGCUAAGAUGGUUGUAAUGAAUAAAAAACUUCUAUAUCCGUUUGGAUGUUCCAGAUUCAA